UAAGAAUUGGAGUGAGAAAGGAAAGAUUUGUGAGAAUUUAGAAAGGAAAGAUACGGUUAAACUGCCAACCAGGAGAGUCGGUACACAAAUCCUACAGUCUCUGCUCUAUCUUCUUUAACUCAUCUUUCAACCCUAAAAUCUCUGAUUUCCAGUUCCACUUCUUUUCAAAUAAAAGGGGGGAAAUUUCCUCGAGCAGUUUGUGGGUAGAAUUAGCAACAUCAUGGAGAGGUUGAUCUACUCCAAUACCAUUCCUCUCAAACGCCGCUUCAAUUCGCCGCUUAUUCCACAACUCGCUCAAGCGGACUCGCCCCAGAGACUCCGACCGUCUUCAUUGUUUCCUUCGUCUUCGUUUCCGCGCCGAUUCAACCCGGUUUCUUGCAUUUUCAGUGUGAGCAACUCAGGUUUUCUUUUCCGCAAAGGUGUGGAUGAUUCGCCGGAGAUUAAUUUGGAGUCUUCCGUGGAUUCGGGCAAUGGGUCUGCGCCGGAGCCGAGUUUUCUCAAAUGGGUUUCUCAGAAAUUGUCUCGGCAACAGAAGGUGGUGAAUGCUGGGAAAGUAAUACUACUAUCGGCGUUCAUUUUGACAUUUCUACAUCCAGCUACUGUAUCUCCAGCCUUUGCAAGUAUCCAAACUGCAGCCAACUCAGGAGGUCCAGCUGCAGUUGCAGUUGGCAACACUCUCAUCCGCAGUGAGUUACUAAGUAGUGCGUGGACGGGCUUUUUCGCGGGCUGUCUGCACACGCUCUCUGGGCCAGAUCAUCUUGCUGCAUUAGCGCCACUCUCAAUCGGCCGCUCAAAAAUGGAAAGUGCUGCCGUUGGAGCUCUAUGGGGAUGUGGGCACGAUGCUGGCCAGGUGCUGUUUGGCUUACUAUUUUUACUUUUGAAAGACCGACUUCACAUUGAGGUAAUCAGAACGUGGGGAACAAGAGUCGUGGGCCUAACUCUGCUCGUUAUUGGUGCAAUGGGGAUCCGGGAAGCUUCAGAAGUCCCUGUACCUUGCGUUGCCCUAGAAAAUGGCGAAUGUGAUGUUAGUGAGUAUGAAGCCCUUGCGAGCCAACCAGCUGGAAAGAAGAAGAUUGGAUUUGCUACAUUUGCCACGGGAAUUGUGCACGGGCUUCAGCCUGAUGCGUUGCUGAUGGUCUUGCCGGCACUUGCUCUGCCUUCCCGACUAGCUGGUGCUGCAUUUUUGUUGAUGUUUCUAGUUGGGACAGUGAUUGCAAUGGGAAGUUAUACUGUGUUUAUAGGGUCGUGUAGCGAGGCACUAAAGGAGAGAGUUCCCCGGAUAACAGAGAAGCUCACGUGGGCGUCUUCCCUCAUAGCAAUCGCGUUGGGGCUGGCUCUUCUAGUCAGCCAAUAUUUCGGAUUUAAUCUUUAUUGAUUUUCAUUGUGAGUCUCGAAUUAUGGUAUGUUUAGAUGUAGUUGAGGAUCUUGUAAUUGAUUUAGUGAAUUGAGAGAUCUUGCAGCUUUGCAUUUUGAAUGCAAGAUAUAAAGCUAAA